AUGAGUCAAGCGGGUGCUCAAACAAUUGAUACGACAGAUAGAAAUGUAGAAAUCUGGAAAGUUAAAAAGCUUAUCAAGAGCUUGGAAGCCGCACGAGGAAAUGGAACGUCCAUGAUUUCUCUGAUAAUUCCUCCUAAGGAUCAAAUUCCUCGCGUUUCCAAGAUGUUAGCAGAUGAAUAUGGUACUGCUUCUAACAUCAAAUCUCGUGUUAAUCGAUUGUCAGUAUUAGCAGCGAUCACUUCGACUCAGCAACGGUUGAAAUUAUACAAUAAAGGCAAGUAUUCUCUUUCAUUUAUCUCUAUUAUUUUAAUGACUAAAUUAAAUACUUAUAAUAAUGCAAAAAUAAUAGUUCCUCCUAAUGGACUGGUCGUGUACUGCGGAACAAUAGUCACUGAUGAGGGUAAAGAGAAAAAGGUUAACAUCGAUUUCGAACCUUUUAAACCGGUCAACACGUCUCUUUAUCUCUGUGACAACAAGUUUCAUACAGAGGCGUUGUCUGAACUGCUCGAAUCUGAUAACAAAUUCGGAUUCAUCGUUAUGGAUGGUAAUGGUGCAUUAUUUGGCACAUUAAGCGGUAAUACUAGAGAAGUAGUUCAUAAAUUUGCCGUGGAUUUGCCAAAGAAGCAUGGAAGGGGUGGUCAAUCUGCGCUUCGUUUUGCUCGUCUUCGAGAAGAAAAACGACAUAAUUAUGUGCGCAAAGUAGCUGAAUUGGCAGUGCAGUUCUUCAUUACGAAUGAUAAAGUCAAUGUCACUGGACUUAUUCUUGCUGGUUCCGCUGAUUUCAAAACCGAACUUUCACAAUCUGACAUGUUUGAUGGACGUCUACAAAAUAAGAUCCUCAAGUUGGUAGACGUGUCUUAUGGUGGUGAAAAUGGCUUCAAUCAGGCUAUUGAGUUAGCUUCCGAAAGUUUAGCAAAUGUCAAGUUCAUCCAGGAAAAGAAGCUUAUUUCCAAGUAUUUUGACGAAAUCUCUCAAGAUACUGGCAAAUUCUGCUUUGGAGUUGAUGAUACCUUGAAAGGCUUAGAACUGGGAGCUGUAGAAACGCUUAUUGUCUGGGAAAAUUUAGAUAUUACUCGCUACGUGCUAAAAAACAGCAUUGGAGCCGAUCAGGUUGUUCACAUGACCAAAGAACAAGGAAAGGAUCGUUCUCUGUUCAUGGAUAAGGAUACUAGCACUGAGAUGGAAGUUGUUGACAAAAUGCCUUUAUUGGAAUGGUUUGCUGAGCAUUAUAAAGAUUUCGGCGCUACUCUCGAAUUUGUCACCAAUCGUUCUCAAGAGGGAUCGCAGUUUGUUAAGGGAUUUGGUGGGAUUGGAGGGUUGCUUCGUUAUAAGGUCGACUUUGAACAAUUGACUUACGACAGUGGUGAUGAUGGUUUUUACUCUGCGAUGGACACUGGUCGGGAAGGGAUGGCCGUUGGCCCGACCAGCAAAGGUGUGUUGAGUAUUAAGUUUGGAGAGGUCUAA